CAGGAAGGAAGAGAAUUUGGUUUCAGUAAAUGCAAAGAGAAGAACUAGCACAGAAACCUUAGUGCUUGACUUUGAUCCUAAUCUCUGGUCUUGUUCUGUUUCUGAGGAUUCUCUCUCUUCGUUUCAUUUCUAUUAACUAUAAUCUUAAACCCCUUUAACUUGUUUCUGCAAAAUAUUUAUGAUCCCUGAUGGAAGCAUUAGCUGCAAUCGGAGAAGGUUUUUUCACUUCCAUGUUUGUGGCGCUGCUUGGCAGGUUUAAAUCUUCUGACUUGAUAUAUUUUGCCAAGAAGGAGAAACUUGAUGUUGACCUCAGAAAGUUGGAGAAGACGCUGCUGAGUAUCAACGCAGUUCUCACUGAUGCAGGAGAGAAGCCAGUGACAGAUAGGACAGUUAAACUCUGGUUGACCGAGCUAACAGACUCGGCUUACGACGUUGAGGACGUGUUAGACGAGUUUGCCUACGAAGCUUUGCAACACAAGUUGACAGCACAACCUCGUACCAGCGUUAGAACGGUAAGAUGCUGGCACAACCUUGCUAGUUUAAGUUGUUUUAAAUGGGGUGCUGGCACGUUUAGUGUCAAGAUGAGGUCAAAGAUAAAGGGUAUCGAUGCUAGACUGCAGGAGAUUGCGACACAAAAGAGCGACCUCGAAUUAAGAGAGAAUGUUGAGGGAAGGGCCUACAAGGCAAGGGAUCAAAGAUUGCCCACAACGUGUUUAGUCAAUGAAGUCAAUGUUUACGGCAGAGAAAAGGAUAAGGAAGCCAUAGUUGAGCGGCUGCUGGUGGAGACAACAAGUGAUGCUGAAGUGCCAGUGAUUCCCAUUGUUGGAAUGGGAGGAAUUGGCAAGACAACUCUUGCUCAGCUGGUUUACAAUGACGAAAAAGUCGCAGGGUUUUUCGACUCAAAAGCAUGGAUCUAUGUUUCAGAAGAUUUCGAUGUCAUAAAGGUCAUGAAAGCCAUUUUACAGUCUGUUAAUGGUGGAGUUCCUGAUACCAACGACCUGAACUUGCUUCAUAUCAAGCUGAAAGAGGAGCUAUCUGUGAAGAAAAUUUUAUUUGUCCUGGAUGAUUUUUGGCAUGAUAACUACGUUGAUUGGACUAGCCUUAUCCUCCCUUUGGAAGUUGGCAAGUCGGGAAGCAAAAUCAUCAUCACGACUCGCAAUCAAAACGUUGCUAAAAUGACAGGUACCCUGCCUGCUUAUCAGUUAAAAGAGUUGGCAUAUGAUGAUUGUUUGUCUGUUUUAGCCCACCAUUCUCUGGGAAGAGAAAACUUUGACGGGCAUCCACAUCUGAACGAUAUUGGCAAAGAAAUAGUGAAGAAAUGCAAGGGAUUGCCUUUGGCAGUAAAAACCUUGGCAGGCCUCCUGCGCAACAAGGUGACCUACGAAGAGUGGGAAGCUGUAUCCAGGAGCAAGAUGUGGGAUUUAACAGAAGAGAAAGGAGGCAUUUUUUCUGAUUUAAGAUUGAGUUACCAUCACCUCCCUUCUCAUUUGAAGCCAUGUUUUGCUUAUUGCUCUCUGUUUCCAAAGGGCCACGAAUUCGAUAGAGAUGAAUUGGUUCUUUUAUGGAUAGCAGCAGGUUUGGUGCAACAGAAAGGGGAUAAGCAACCGGAAGACAUAGGCCGCGAUCGAAUAAUAACAAAUCGCUGUUCGUAA